AUGGCUGCGCCGCUCCGUAUAGCUGUGAAGGGCGCUGGCCGCUCUGCACCGUCGCUGUGUCGCGGUCUGACCAUCUUCAGCCCUGCGAAAGCGCAGGUUCAGCCUAUAAACCAUCCCGUUGCCGACACCCUUCCUCCACCAGAUAUUGUGACCGAGUCGAUACCACCGCCGAAGCGACGGGACGCAAGAGCUUUCUUCGACACGACCGGGAUUCUAUGGGUAGGCACGGGCGGUGACAAGCCUCCCGACCCCAACAAGGCGAAGCUCGGAAAGACCUUGCGGAUUCUCCAAGAACGCAUGCCGACACUUUUACAAUCGCCGCUACCCCAAGAUAUCCUCGCCCCUAAUAUAUCACUACACCUUUUCCCCUCGACGCAUCCUCAUCUCCCCACAGUGUCCGGUCGCGUCGCCUAUAAUGCUGCGCUGUGGACAUCACCGAUCGCUUGGAAUAGGGUCCCCAUAAUAGGCAACGUGAAGAUUGAAGUCCUUGCGGAACGGAUGACGUCCGAACCAUUGACGUUUCUGCCAAGGCGACAAGGCGCGAUGGCCGAACAGCUCGUGGUGCGAUGGUGCGAGAAAACCAAAACGGACAAGGACGAAGUAGGCGGCAGCAGUAUUGCCAAGUCAUUGCGAAUGGGACGCGGCGUGGAUGCCAGCAAGGCAUUCACCGGCCUGUUCAUCUUCGACUUUGACCAAGAGGGGCGUAUCUUGAGCCACACAAUUGAAACGGCGCAAGGCGACAGCAACAACAGAGAAAAGGGUAUGGGCGCCCGAUUCGUGGGGUUGACUGACUGGCUGCUGGGGGGAAUCCGAGAUCCGGGGGCCGCCCCCGUGCCGAUGUUCCAAAGAGUUGAUAGACGAUGA